UUCUCCUUAUUUUCCUCUAAAAACUCUACAAGGUAGAUGAACCAAUAUUCAACCAAAUUUUUUUCUAUUUUUUUAAAAAUUUAUUCUUUAAUUUCAUCUGUUAUUUUUAUGGAGAUUCCUAAAUUAUGGAAACCUCAGGAUUUAUUUGUGAUUAAAUCACCUAAACAAUCUUUGAGAUUGGUCCUAUUAGUAUUUGCAGUGGUUUGUGGAAUUUAUAUAUUAUCAAUGUGUAUAAAUCAAACAAGUAAUUAUCUUUUACAAGCUAAAUCACUAAGUAUUCAUGUGAUUAAUAGGCAUAAUUGUCAUUAUCCUAUUUUUCAAGAAGAAGAUAUUCAUUACUUGCAUUUUCCAAAGCCUCAAACUUUUACCAGGGAGGAAUGUGCUUGCAAUCCUGUUCGAUUUUUCACGAUUUUAUCGAUGCAGAGAUCAGGGAGUGGAUGGUUUGAGACAUUGUUAAAUAGUCAUAUGAAUGUGAGUUCUAAUGGAGAAAUUUUUGGUGCAAAAUCAAGGAGGACUAAUGCUUCAGUAAUAUUGGAAAUUAUGGAUAAUGUCUUUAAUCUUGAUUGGAUUAGUAGCUCAUCAAAGAAUGAAUGUACAGCUGCAAUUGGAUUUAAGUGGAUGCUUAAUCAGGGAGCUUUGGAGUAUCAUGAGGAGAUUGUGGAUUACUUCAACAGAAGAGGUGUCUCUGCAAUAUUUCUGUUUAGAAGAAAUCUGCUACGCAGGUUGAUCUCGUUGCUCGCUAAUUCGUACGAUAAGGAUGCUAAACCGUUGAAUGGAACACACAAAUCUCAUACACAUUCUCCAUAUGAGGCUAAAGUAUUGGCAAAAUACAAGCCAGUGGUGAAUAUGUCAUUACUAAUACCAAAUUUGAGGAAUGCACAAAGGAAGGCUAAUAGAGCUUUGGAAUGUUUUAAGAGCACUAGACACAUUCUUCUUUACUAUGAAGACAUUGUUCAAAAUCGCACCAAACUAGCUGAUGUUCAAGAGUUUUUGGGGCUGCCACAAAGAGAACUCAUAAGUGGCCAAGUUAAGAUUCAUAAUGGCCCUUUGUCCCAACAAAUAGAAAAUUGGGAUGAAGUGCAAAAAAGGCUCAAAGGAACACCAUAUGAUACAUUUCUUAUAAAAGACUAACUAUAU